UUUGACUUCAAGUCCGUGGUUGAGGUCAGUUACGUCUUCAAGCCUACUUGCGUAGUACUAUGUCAUACGCGGACGCAGCAGUUCCUGCGCCCUCGUGCAGAAGUGGGGUAGUAAAGUACCCCACGACCUCGCCCUCGGGGCAACUUUAUUAUUCUGUACCGAGGGACACAAAUAAAAGUACAUAUAGAAGUAUGGUCGACGCAGAAGGGGGAAGGACCACUACACAAGCGACGGCUUUCGUGACGUGGCACAAGGACAGAGUGUUUCUUUCGUCUUGAUAGCCUCGCCAUUCCAUGCUCUGCGUGCUGGGCCUGGACCGUCUCGCGCGGUCGCUGGUGAUCGCGUAUUUUCUUUUUUUCUUCUUUUGCCUCGUGCGACACCGGCGCUCAGCUGCCCUCGGGCUGGAGGUGGGAGUAGCGCGCAGCAGUCCGCUAAAGGGCACACUGCCAACAUCAUCACACCUCGCGCGACCCCGAAAAAGGCUAUUACAAUGAAAAACGCCCCCUCCCCAUAUCAAAAUGGAAAUCUGUGAUGCAGAUUUGUGGUCACAAAUCAGUUUGUGAUGUUAGAAGGCAAAAGAUGCGGACUGUAGUGCUGUCUAGCGUGGGAAAGCCUUGCAGCUCCAGGAUGACAGGAGGCAACUGGAAGUGGGAAACGGCAUGACAGAUUACCUGCAAUUUAGGCCGCAGCUUCGUCUCUUGGCCUUCUAGCAAUACAAGUUGAUUUGUGUACUCAAACACAGCAUCACAAAUUCGCGCAUCUUCCGUUUCCGAUAUGGGGUGGGGGCUUUUUUCACUUUGAUAAAGGCCCGAGCCCGUUCACUUUGCGGAGGACCACUCUAAUCUGGAUCUGCACUUUAUCAAAAGGAACAAUCCCCCCUCCCCAUAUCGAAAAGGAAAUCUGUGAUGCUGGAUUUGUGUACACAAAUCGGAUUUGUCUUGGGGUGAAGGACUGCAGGCAGAUAUAAAGUCUGAGCAGGGUGCUUUCGUGUAGGCACCUAGCAAGGCAGGCGUGUCCUAUGUAGGCCCUACAGCAUUACGAAUUGCCUGCAAAAUGCGGCGGAGUAUAAUCUGGAUUUGCCUUCUUGCAAUACAGAGACGAUUUGCGCUCACUAAUCAACAUCACAAACUUUCAGAAGUGCCUCUUUUUGGUAUGGGGAGGGGGAAUUUUUCCUCUUAAUACCCUUUCCAAGAACGCUAUCCAAGUAGAGAAAAUCAGCUGUCGAUUAGUGUAGUAGUUGUCUUCGAGGAGAGGCAUGACAAUAAACUUCUUCCGAAACAAGACAGAGAAAGUUUGUCAUGCGCAGCUGCUUAGGAGGUGUCUUCGAGGGAAGGCAUGACAAUAAAGUUCCUCCGCAACUUAGUUGUUGUACUAUCGGUCUAUAUGAAAACAGCGAUGAGAAGUUGACAAUUCGUGGCUUUCUGGUACGACAAGUGCUUAUUGUUUGACAUAGAAGUUCUGCUGCACAUAUUAUAUAACUUAAACUUUACACUCAGAAUAGCUGCACAGAAGAAGUUUUUUUCUUGCAUAAACGCUCGGAAAGCUUCCGAAGCAGAGGUACACGGCGACCGCGAGGGCCGGCAACGAUGAGGUUCUGCGGCUACUGCGCAGCGACAAGGUUUUCGUCGCGGCACGCCUUUCCUAUAAAGGGGCAGAGGCGCAGGUUGCGCAGGCGAUGAUUCUCGGGAAUACGAAAAGCGCCGGAACGCAGCUCCUGAAGGACGCCACCAUUAUAUUCAGAGGAAAAAUGAUCCCCCCUGCCCAUUUUGAGAAGGUAUGUUUUCGCAAAUGUGUGCUGCUGAGUUGUAACCACAAAUCAAGUUUGUCUUGCAAGAAGACAACUGCACAGGCCUCCGUGCCAUAAUGGAAGCGAUUUGGCAUCCUGUUGAGCCUAGAGGGCAGUCGUUUGCAGCGUCAAUGCUAACCAAUUAGACCCAGACGCCCCUACCUAGGCUACAGAUCUGGCCGCAGUGCCUUACUGCAAGAAAAUUAUAGAGCGUAUUUGUAUAAGUACGCAAAUUCAGCAUCAGAAACGUCAUUUUGAUAUGGGGAGGGGGGAUUCAUUUUCCUUUUUAUACAUCAAUGCGGGAAUCUAUCCCAUGACACAAGACGGGGUCGCCGCCUACGCCAAGGAGCUGUCGCGCUCCCUGGCCGAGCUUACUGAGGACGAUCUCAUCGCAGCGUUCGAUUAUUCAACCCGACCAAAUGGAGAGAUAGCGUCUCUCGAAUCCAAGCUCUCCCGGGCCAAGGUUUACCCGAACCGUUUUUUGGAACCCUGGUAUUUCCCCGAGAAUCCGUGGUCAAGCGUACCAAAUGAAAAAGAGAUGUCCCGUCCCAACCCCAGAAGUUUCAAAAACGAUAUGUGUUGCAUAAGAUUUUCAAAUGCGAAUCUUUUUACCUAUGCGUGCUUGGAUUGGAACGCUGUCUCUCAUGCAGAGUGUAGGCACGCGAAGAAGUUCCUAGCUGACAGCCCAGCCUUGUAAUGGGCCUUUUUGCAACUGAAAUUUUUGCUAUUCUUGUUCGAAAAUAACGCGUGACGCUGAUACAAGAAAGGCGGCAGAUGUUUCCAUUGGGAACUUUUGCAACACAAACACCUUCAUAUUCUGGGGCGGCGGUAACAUUUUUCACUUUGAUAAAGCGCACUCGCCGGAAAAACCGUUCUGGUCAUCGCUGCGAUGGUAGAAAGUUUUCGAUGCCAAAUGCGUGAAGACCGCCGCCCAACCAUUUGGAGCCACGUCAACAGCUCCAUACUUCCCGAGUUUUCCAUAAAAUACGUGCCCUCGGUGCAAUCCUGUUGCGGCCUCAGGCCCCACGCAAGCUGGACAGAGUCGCUCAAAGUGAUGCAGAAGGCCAUCGACGCUGUUGGCCACUUCGACGUGGCUCUGGUCGCGGCCGGGGCCUACGGCUUCCCCCUGGCCGCCUACUGCCGGCGCAAGCACAAUCGGAGCGCCAUAGUGAUAGGAGGCGGGCUCCAGUUGCUUUUCGGAGUGAAGGGAAACCGUUGGGAAAAGCAUCCCAUAAUUCGCCCGCUGUUCGGGUCGCAGUGGAUUUACCCUCUGCUGUCUGAGGUCCCGAAGCAGGCUAAUCUGGUAGAGGGCGCAUGCUAUUGGGGGCCCAAGGCUUUGAGCCUGGAGUACUGCCCCGCGACCCGGGGAAAGAAAUAG